AAGGCGCCGCGGCAUGGGCGGAGCCAAGGCCUGGCGCGCACCCCAGCGGCGAGCGGAAGAGCUGGGAGAUUCGCAGAGGCGGCGGAAGCGGAGUUCCAAGGCGUCCCGAUUGAAGUGGUGCUAUGCAGCAAGAAGUGGAGAGAUGCAGAGUUCGAACCAAAAGGCCUGACAUGGCACUUUAUGUACCUAAAGCUAGAAGGGGUGCUGCUCUCCUCCAGACAAGGGACAAGGAAAAAAGCUCUGGGCCUCCUCACUCUGAAGUACAGAAACAAAAGGAAGGCUAUCUUUCCCAAAAGGAGAUCUUGGCAGACAAAUCUGAGCCUCAAGGACUAAGUGUUAAUCCUGAUAAAAAGGAGUAUAAUGAUAGGGAGGGAAAGAAAUUGUCAUCAAAAUUAAGGAAAGACACAUGUCUUCAAAAAAGGAGUAGAGAUAGGCUUUGUACUAAGAGAAGAACUACAGAACCCAAAGAUGUGUCACCUCAAGAACACCAGCAAAGAGCUCCCAGUGCUGGGAGUGUAUAUAGUGAACCUUUACAAAGACAUUUUAAACCAAAGGAAGUGGAGUGUUUGGGAGUUGAAACUGCAAAUGUGACAGUACAAGAGUGGGUGCUCAUAUCCCAGCCUCACUCAGAAAUCAGUGAUGCUCAGGCUGUAAACAAAUCAUUACAGAAUGAGGAUCUCUGUGAUUUCAGUCGGUGUGAACUAAGUGGGGAAUCUUUUGAAAACGGAAAUUUGGAAAACAGAAUUGAAACUGAGGCCAAUGUUGUGGGGAUAGUUUCCCAGCUUCCUAGAGUUUUUACUACUGUAAAACCAGAAAGUAUGAUUAUACCAGUACAACUAAAUUCUGAUUCUGAAAUCAUACAAGAAAGUAUGGAAGCAUCAGAUGGAAUGCCAAAGCUCAGCAAUGGAAGUCUCACCUCUGUUUCUGUUUCUGGAAGUCCAGAUAGUAUCAUUGGUCAAACUGGUAUAGACUUUGAAGCUGAGGAUGUAGAGGGUGUAGCCAACAGGACAGGUUCCGUCACAGGUCAGAAAGAUGUAGAUUCUAUUCCUGAGAUGGUGAGUCUCAUCUCUCAUAAAGUGGCUGUGGUCGGCAUUAUUGAUCCAACAAUGAUUCGAGAAUGUGAAAGUGAUCACAACACAGCUGAUGAGUUAGAUAUAAAGCAUGAGCCUUCUUAUGCAGCUGUCCUUGCUCAUGAAACAGAUACAGGUAAUGAAUCUAAGAGUAUCGGUGAUACUACCAGUAAAGCAUGUUUGAUGCACAUUGCAGGUACAGCAUAUGCUCAUAAUACUCUAGGUAGCCCUUGCAUAGUUGGAGCUAGAGAAUCUGAUGAGACAUGUAGUGACGGAAGCAGUUUAUCACAACAUACUGGGAUGCGUGCCAAUGCAGCCCCUCUUCAUGUAGCUGAAAGUGACAAUGACUCUGACAAUGUUAGCAGCCUGACUGCUUGCUCAGAUAGUUAUGCUGAGAGUAUUUCAUCUGGUUUUAUAGAGUCAACAGAAAACUUGAUAGAGAGCUUGUCAGAUUGUGCUUUCCCUCUGACUAUAAAGAAGAUUGCUGAUAGUAAUUGUAACACUUUUUGGGACUCUGAACGGAGUGUGUCAGAAGGGACAAAAGUACUUUUGGACAGUGCCUUGGGCAAUGAUGCGGAUAGUACAGGUGAUACAACAGAGGCAUUGCAUGAAUUAAGAGCUGCUGAAGAGUUCAAAACAGAAGAAGUUGACUCAGACAGUAUGCAACUUGCUAUGCCAUUUUCUGAUAGAGAAUCAUCUGUAGAAACAGCUAUAGAACAAAAGGCAGCUGAAACAACUUAUGUACAAGGAAGUCCUGCUACUGAGGAGAGCUGGGAAUCUAUGUUUAAUGAUGAUGGUGACUGUAUAGAUCCACGUCUUCUACAAGAGCUAUCAGGGAAUAUGAAGAAUAGAGAAAGCAUCCAGGAACCUCGAUUUGAUUAUUACAACCGUGAUGUUCCUGAUCCUGACCUCAGUGAAUGUGAAUUCCCACAUGUCAUUGAAAUUUAUGACUUCCCCCAAGAAUUUCGUACGGAAGACCUUCUACGGGUUUUCUGCAGUUACCAAAAGAAAGGAUUUGAUAUUAAAUGGGUAGAUGAUACACAUGCCCUAGGAGUAUUCUCCAGUCCAAUCACAGCUCGUGAUGCUUUGGGUAUCAAACAUACGAUGGUGAAGAUCCGGCCCUUGUCACAGGCCACAAGAGCAGCCAAGGCCAAAGCCAGAGCUUAUGCUGAGUUUCUCCAACCAGCAAAGGAGCGACCUGAGACUUCAGCAGCCCUAGCCAGAAGGUUAGUCAUCAGUGCCCUUGGGGUUCGCAGCAGACAGAGCAAAACGGAACGGGAAGCAGAGCUGAAGAAACUACAAGAAGCCCGAGAGAGAAAACGGUUGGAAGCCAAGCAACGGGAAGACAUCUGGGAAGGCAGAGACCAGUCUGCAGUUUGAAUAUCAAUGAAAGAAAUCAUUCCAUGAAUUAGGAAGUGUUUCCAUCGUCUUCAGACAUGAGGCCUUUCCAGAGCUGUGUACGUGCAAAUAUGCAUGUUAACGAAAGAGAAAAAGUGAAUAUGAUAAAGACUGGCAGGGUACAGAGAGAAGAUGGGCUCCUGUCCUCACUCCAAAGUACAAUUCUUCAGAACUGUCUUACUGUAGUGGGUAUGAAAAGGUGCCGUGAACUGGGAAGAAUGAGAGAGACUUCUUCCAGAGGCCUCUGGAUAGGGCAAGCCCUGUCAUUGUGGGUCAUGCUUUGUAAGAGGUCUAAAGCACAUGAAAAACAGAAUAGAGGAUUCAAACCUGCUGUGAUGGGAAAUAACAGCCCUGCAAACUCAGGGCAUCCCUUAAUACUUCACAAAGCAGAGAACAGUAUUAUUGAGGACACUGAGGAGAAACGAGCAGGACAGAGAACAGUGUUUGGUAUACUCAGCCUACACAAAAUCUAUACUGCAGCUUUCAGAACUCCGAAGCUGGUGGACUACAGUAGCAGAUGUGGCUCUUUGGAUUCCAGAUUUUGUACUAAGCUCAGUGCCUGGGGCUGCUCCAGCUGCAGAGCAGCCAAGGGGCUGCCACCUUCAUUCCUCAUAGUAAGCCAGUCUCGGGGAGCCGUGUGCCAGCUCCAAUUUAAACAGUAAUAUGUUGUAAGAGGGAGACAUUAAAGGCUAUUUUUUGACUUA